AUGGGUUGUUUCUCCUCAUCCUCUAAGCUCUUCCUCCUCCUCUGUGGCCUCUCAACUUUUUUCCUUAUCUCUUCUGCCUUUUCUCAUGAUUUUUCAAUUGUGCGUUAUUCACCCGAAGAUCUGAACUCCAUUGAUAGGCUCAUUGAGCUGUUUGAGUCGUGGAUGUCAAAACAUGACAAGGUCUACAAGAGCAUUGAGGAGAAGUGGGAAAGAUUUGAAGUCUUUAAGGAUAACUUGAAGCACAUUGAUGAGAUUAAUAAGAUGGUUACAAGCUAUUGGCUUGGGUUGAAUGAGUUUGCAGACUUGAGCCACGAAGAGUUCAAGAAAACACAUCUGGGCUUGAAUACGGAUUUCGAUCUACCCAGAACGAGAGAAAGAGCAACCUCCAAGGAUUUUAGAUACAGAGAUGUCAAAGAUAUCCCUAAGUCUGUGGACUGGAGAAAGAAAGGUGCUGUUACUCAUGUCAAGAACCAAGGUCAAUGUGGAAGCUGUUGGGCAUUUUCAACUGUGGCCGCAGUUGAGGGCAUCAAUCAAAUAGUGACAGGAAACUUAACAACCUUGUCCGAGCAAAAGCUGAUAGAUUGCGACAAACCCUACAAUAAUGGCUGCAAUGGAGGACUUAUGGAUUACGCAUUCUCCUUCAUCGUCUCCAAUGGUGGACUCUAUAGGGAGGAAGAUUAUCCCUAUCUCAUGGAGGAAGGCACAUGCGAGGAGAGCAAGGAAGAUUUGGAGAUGGUGACAAUUAGUGGUUACGAAGAUGUACCUGAGAAUGAUGAACAAAGCCUCUUGAAGGCACUGGCCCACCAACCUCUUAGCGUUGCCAUUGAGGCGUCCCGUAGAGAUUUCCAAUUUUACAGUGGGGGAGUUUUCAAUGGCCACUGUGGAACCGAACUGGACCAUGGAGUCGCAGCGGUCGGAUAUGGUUCAACAAAUGGCCAGGAUUACAUCAACGUGAAGAACUCAUGGGGACCAAAAUGGGGAGAGAAAGGUUAUAUAAGAAUGAAGAGAAACACAGGAAAAUCUGAAGGGCUAUGUGGAAUCAACAAAAUGGCUUCUUAUCCUACCAAGAAGAAGUAGUUUGCUUUCAGAUUUGGUGAAAGUGUAAUCUCCUGUGUUUCGUUUUCAAUAAAAACUAGCCAAAACCAUUACUUCAUGUUUC